AAAAAGUAAACUUAAUUUUCUCAAAUAAGUUUUGUGGAAAGUUGAUAAAAAAAAAUGUAUAUUAUUUUUUAAAAUUUCAGAGCUUCGUUAUGUCCUCAUAUAAUGCGAUAAUAAAUUUUUUAUGUUUAACAUAUUUUUAAAUUUAUUUCAUUAUACGUAUUUCGUCAUAAAGUGAAAUUUUAUAAAAUGCCAUCAAGGGCAAAGUGCAUAAACAUAAUGCCAUUUCAAGAUACUCAAUACAACUGGACAGAUGAUUUACCUGUUUGUAAACAAUCUGGCGUAGGAUUUUCUACAAAUCAAAUUUAUCGUGAAGAUGGAUAUCGCCAAGAGGAACAUCCAUUUGAAGAUCGUAGCUUUCAUUGUAAAUAUGAUGAUACUACUUUCCUCUAUGGUGUAUUCGAUGGUCAUGAAGGGACAAAAGCUGCUAAUUUUGCUAUGCAACGAAUGGCAGCAGAGAUUUUACUUGGACAAUUAGCUGGCAAAUCUACAGAUGAGGAAGUAAAGGAAGUUCUUAGACAAGCAUUUAUAUCAGUAGAACGUGGAUAUUUGGAUUCAAUAGGUGAUUUAUUAGCCGAACGUACUAGUUUACAAUUUGAUAUUCCCGAUGGAUUGAAUUCUUAUGAAACUUAUCAAAAAUUUCCUCAUUUGGUCGACAAGUUAAAUUCAUUAAAUUGUGAAUUAUCAGCUGGAACAAGUGCUGUGGUUGCACUUGUAUAUGGUGGGAGAUUAUAUGUUGCAAAUGUUGGAGAUAGUAGAGCUUUAUUGUGCAAAACAGAUGAUAAUCAAGUAUUAAGAGUUAUUCAGCUAAGCGUCGAUCAUGAUUUACGUAACGAAGAUGAACUUCUACGAUUAUCUCAUCUAGGUUUAGAUACAGAUUCUAUUAGACAAGGUGCGUUCAUUAUAAAUACAGGAGGUUCUCACCUUGGAAAUCAAGAAAAUACACGUUGUCUUGGAAAUUAUCUUGUUAAAGGUGGAUAUAGAGAAUUUGAAGAAUUAGGAUCUGCCAAAGCAGAACCUAUUAUAGCAGAACCAGAAAUUCAUGGUGGAAUAGAGUUAGAUGAUUCCUGUAGAUUUUUAUUAUUAAUGUCUCGUGGUCUUUAUAAAUCAUUGGAAGAAGCAACAGGGACUGAUCAAGUAAAUAAAGAAUUGGCUCUUAUGGCUGUUGAACAGUUUCGCAUUCAGUCAACAUUAACGGGUGUUGCUCAAGCUGUAGUUGAUAAAAUUGUAAGAAUUCAUCAUGACGUUAAUAUGAGUAAUUCGCAAAGUACUUUAACUACUGGAAAACGAGAUGACAUUACACUUCUUGUACGAAAUUUUAAUUUUCCUCUACCACAUGCUUUAAAGAGUCCAACGGGUCAAGCGGUUAGAUUUAAUCCAAUAGUUCAAACUGCACCGAUAAGUACGUUAACGGAUAACGACGAUUGUUCAAACACAAGUUCCGUUGUUAUGGAAACAAAUUUUGAUAUAUCAACGAGUGAAACAUCAACUGCAUCCGAUGUAACUUCGUCUAGUGGAAGGCCAACAGAUAGAAAUAUAUUUAGUUGGCAUAGUUUUUAAUCUUUCAAAUGCGGCCUUUUCAAGACAUUCCCUAUGAUCAGGAUGUGCUAUCUGAAUUAAUGCAUUAGCUCUUUGACGUAACGUUUUACCAAAUAAUUGAGCAAUACCAUGUUCCGUUACAACGUAAUGUACAUGUGCUCUUGUAGUGACGACACCGGCACCUAUAAAUUAAUUUUAUAUUUUUCAUUUAUUAUAAUUAUUAUUUAUUCAGAUUCCUUUAGAUUAAAAAUGAUAUUGUAAUCUUCAUUAAAACUUACCAAGUUUUAAUACUGCUUGUAUUUUGCUUUCUCCUUUACUUGUAAUAGAUGGGAAUGCUAUAAUAGCUUUACCUCUACCAUCUUGGCCUAUUGCUGAACCUCGUAUAAAAUCAAGUUGACCACCAAAACCAGAAUACAUUUUACAUCCCAAACUAUCAGAGCAUACUUGUCCAGUAAUGUCCAUUUCAAUGCAAGAAUUAAUGGCAGUCAUUUUUGGCUGCAUAGAUAUAACACGUGGGUCAUUGACGUAAUUAAUUGCCAGCAUUUCUGUUAAAAAUUGUACGUAUAAAAGAUAAUCGUUUAUUUAUCUUAAAAUCCAAAGUAAUUAGAUUUUAACUUACCAACAAAAGGAUUGUUAUGCAAAAAAUCGUAAAGUCUUUUAGUACCAAUUCCUAAAGAACCAACUAAACGUCCUCUAUGUUUGAGCUUAUUCUUAUUUGUAAUUAUCCCUCUUUCAACAAGAUCCACUAUUGUAUCACCGAUUAUUUCGGAAUGUAUACCAAGAUCUUUAUGAUUGACCAAAGCGCAUAAUACAGAAUCUGGAAUGUUCCCUAUACCAAGUUGUAAAGUUGCACCAUCAUCUAUCAAUCUGUGCGCUACGAAUUUACCAAUUUCUAAUUCGAUUUCGUUAGGCUGAGUACUUGCUAUACAAGGUAAUGGACAAUCAUAUUUGACUGCCCAAUCGAUGUGACUAGAAUGUAUAACAGUAUCGCCAAAUGAUCUUGGCAUAUGUUCAUUGACUUGUGCUAUAAAAAUCAAAUAAAUAUUCUUUAUAAAAUUAUAAUUUUAAAAUAAUAAAAAGUAAUAAAUGUCGUUUGAACUACCAACCAAUUAUGACUUUGGCUGUACAAACAGCAGCGCGUGUACAAUCCACGCUAACGCCAAGUGAACAAAAUCCACGUGGAUCUGGAGCACUAACGUGUAUCAAAGCAACAUCAGGAACAAUUCUUUGCUCGUAAAAUAGUUUUGGUGCUUCGUGUAAAAAUAAUGGAAUACAAUCUGCUCUACCUUCAUUAACGGCAUCUCUAAUGUUUGAACCAAUGUAAAAACUAAUUGAUCUAAAAUGUUCUUAAAAUAAAUAGAAUGAUGUUUAUCAAAAUUUGUACGUAGAUAUAAUAAAUGAUAAUAAUUUUCUUUUAUUAAUUAUCAUACUUUCAAAUUCGGGAUUGGCAAAGGGUGCAUCACCCUCCAAAGCCAUAUGUAUCAAUCGUACACCACGUAAAUUAUUACAUACACCGUGUUCGGUCAUAGCUCUUACUAAUUCUAACGGAGUAGCUGCACCUCCUUGUAUAAAUACUAAAUGUUCUGAAAUAAUAAAAUUCAUCGGGUUUAUAAAUUAAAAAGUUAAAGGCUAACUCAAUAUAAACAAAUAAAAUGACUUAUCAUUAAUAAAAUUAAAUAUCGCCCAAUAAAAAGAAUAUUAUCGUUUACCUGAAUUUAUUAUUUUUAUAGCAUCUUCUACACAAACCCAUCUUGGACAACGUUUUAAUGGUUGAAAUGGUUCCCGUAUAUACCUUAGACCACAGGCAUUGAAUGGUUUUUCUGGUCGUAAUUUUUUAAUCGUUGAAUCAAUAUUUCGUAACAUUUUUUUUUUACAAAUACGAUAAAAAAAAAUUAUAAAGUAUGAAUAAUAUAUUAUGUCGAUAUAGACUUAAUAAAUUUUGUUUGGCAAAAUUGAUCAUGCCAUAUAAUUACAUAUAAAUUUAGAUAAAUCAUGCUCUAAAAUUCCAUCAAUGACAAACGUAAAUAUACCGAGACUUAUGCCGUUACCAUCUCCACGAUUGCUAUUUGAAAAUCGCGUAUACUGGCGUUUGAUUUUUCUUUAAUCAUCAUAGUAGGCUUAUGAAAUUUCAAUAUCGAUCAUCUUAAGAUUAAAUUCGAUAUAAUAGUAGAUAAUAUCUUUUUUGUUUUUUUGUUGUUUUUCGCUUUGUGUUUUCUAAUAUUAUUAUUAUUAAAAUAUUUCUUAUAAAACGAAAUCUUAAUGAUUACUACAGGAUGGUGAAUUUGGAUUUAAAAAAAAAAAAAGAAAAAAAAAAAAAAGUGUUUUAUAUCAAUAAUUUACAAAAACUUUUAAGGGCGGAUUUUUUUAUGAUGUAAUAAAAAUAUUAUAGAAUAGUUAUAUGUGAAAUAACAUUAACGUGAAAUUUUUUAACAUUAUGUAUUUUUUUCGAAUACGAUGGACUCCUUCAUUUAUUACAAUUAAUAUAUUUAAAGAAACUGUAUAUAAAAAAUGUUUACAUGGAAAUAUUUAAUGGGCUUCAAAUGCUAUAAUUCCAGUUUAAAAAAUUUCUUAUUUUUAAAUUUAAUAUUGUCUGUAGGACACAUUUUGGAAUAAUUAUUUAACAUGUAUAAUAAAAUGGCGAAACAAUGUGUUACAAAUAUAACGUCAUAAUUUGAUGCGGAUUAAAGCUGUACAUUUUUUUUGUCGUUAAUA